GUGGUAGUGUUGAAGCCGCCCGUCCUGGACGACGCCCCCCUCAGGUCGGCCAUGGAAGUGUCGAUGAUCAUCGACGAGGCCGACCAGCGCAGGAAUGUGUUGGGGAGGAGACGCAAGAGCUCGCUGGUUGCCUGGGAGACGAGUCUGGAGGACGUGUUGGAGGAUGAGGACGGUGAGGAGUGGGACGAAGAUGAGGAAGAGGAGGAGAGUGUGAUGGAGGGAACAGUGUUAGAGGCAGGAGGAGAGGAAGAGGAGCAGGAGGAAGAGGAGAGGACCAUGGAGGAGGAACCGAAGCAGGUAGAGGGAGCAGCGCUGCGUUUGCUUCUUGAAGCUCAGAUCAGAGAAGAAGUCAGUAACGAGUUUAUGGAGCUUUUUACCUCCAUGGAGAAAGAUUACAGGGAGCGUCUUGAGAAGGAGAAGGAAAUCCUGGAGGAGCGAGCCGAGAGGAGAGUCGAGAUCCUCAAAAAUCUGGGGGCGGAGCUGACCUCCCACUGUGUGAGGAGCACAGGAGGAGAGGAGGAGGAGGAGAGGAGGAAACGGCAGCGUGAAGAGGAGGAGGAAGACAGAGGAGAACCAGCCAAAAAGAGAGUUGUUCUAGAGGAGGAGAUCUUGAGGCUCAACGUGGAAAACAACAAGAAGGAGGAGACCAUCGUCCAGCUGAGGGAAAGAGGGGAGAGGGUGGAGGAGGAGCUCAGGAGACGGGCAGAGGAGGUGGAGAAGGAGCAGAUGAAGGUGGAGAAGGAGCGGAUAAGGGUGGAGGAGGAGCUGAGGAGGAGGGAAGAGGAGGUGGAGAAGGAGCGGACGAGGUUGGAGGAGGAGGUGGAGAAGGAGCGGAUGAGGGUGGCGGAGGAGCUGAGGAGGAGGGAAGAGGAGGUUGAGAAGGAGCGGAUGAGGGUGGAGGAGGAGCUGAGGAGGAGGGAAGAGGAGGUGAAGAAGGAGCAGAAACUGAAAGACGAGUGUCCUGGCUGCGCCUCCCUGUUUUCGUCUCUGCAGACAGAUCAGAGAGAAUCAUGCCGACUGACGAAGGAGAACAAAGCUCUGAUUAACGGCAUGUUCCAACUACAGACACAGGUGACGGAGCUCCAGAAGCAACUCAUAGAGCAGACUGGCAGGUCUGACAGCCUAUCAGAGCAACUGAACACCUCAAAGACCCGCCUCCAGCAGCUGGAGAGCCAAUCAGAAGAGAAGACCAAUAUCGUCAAGAGUCUGACACAGGAAGUGGGGCAUCUGAGGCAGGAAGUCAAGGAGGGGGAGGGGCAGAGCAGCAGUGUUUUCCACGCCUCCAUGGAGCAGCUGAAGAAGGAGAGCGAGGCGGCGCUGCAGAGGUCGGCUCAGACGUGUCAGCUGAUGGAGGAGCUGCAGAGAGAGAAGAACCGGCUGGAGGAGACUCUGACUCACAGUGAGAAGAGGUGCGAGCGGCUCACAGAGGAACUGGCCAAUCAGAAAGCAGAAUUCUGUGGUCAGCUGCAGAGCCUGAAGGCAGAGCUUGAGUCUGAGCGCGGAGCUCCGCGAGGGGGACUAAAGGAGAGACGAGAGGAGGAGGAGAACCUGCAGAAAGAGGAGAACCUGCAGAGGGAGGAGGAGGAGAACCUGCAGAGGGAGGAGGAGGAGAACCUGCAGGAGGAGGAGAACCUGCAGAGGGAGGAGCAGGUGGAUGAGGAGAGGACAGUGUCAGUGGUGGAGGAGCUGAAGCAAGAGAUCCAGAGAGUUCAGGAGAGGCGGGAGGAGCAGGGGAGGAGCAGGAGGAGCAGAGAGUUUGAAGCUGUAAAGAAAGAGAUGGAGAGACUGAAGGAGAGAAAGACUCAAACACAGAGUGUGCUCAGGUCCGGUGGGCGUGUCCUUCAUCCAGAACAGGAUGUUCCAGUGUCAUCUCUGAGGUCCAACAUGGCUGACAGGAAGAGGAAGAGCAGUGAGGUGCAGGAUCUGGUCUUCAGUGAGAACAAGAGGAACCGGCUGAGAACAAACAAACGUAACAAACAGGAGCAGAAAGACGGGACUCUGCAGAAGAUCGGAGACCUGAUCCAGAACUCUCCGUCCAGGCUCCGCAGCAAAGCUAAAACCAUCAUCGGGCUGGUCAGUGGACACCCGGUGGAGAAGGAGACGGUUACCACGGCAACCAAACUCAGACGAGGACGGAGGAAGCUGUUUCAGAGCGGCGUCUCGUCUCCGCUGCUCGACUCCCCGCAGAUGUCGGCGGUGGCGGAGGAGGAGAAGGAGAGCGAUCACCUCAUCAUUAAGAGACAGCUGCGCUCAAAGACCUGCAGGAAAUGACAUCAUCAUGAUGUGAUGACACUACAGUGAAUUUGUUGGAUUUUUUAUAUAUUUGUACAGUUUUCAUCUGAUUUUAGUUUUUUAGAUUGUUUUUGUUGCUGGAAUCAAUAAAAAGCUGAAG